AAUGGCAAAAUCUGGGUUUUUUUCGUUAAGUUAGUUGAUUUUAGCCAAUAAUACAAUUGAAAUAUUCUCAAUGCCUUAAAUUUGAUUAUGCAGUCAAUACACAAUGAAUGGAGCAACGCAUUAAGCGUCAGACUGUAUAUUUUCCCCAGCUGACAGACGGUACUGGUAUUGUACGCGUUCAUUACCGGUAUUGAACGCGUUCAUUACCAGUCGAAGCAACGGUUCCCAACUUCUCGUCGCGCACUGCACAGUACCGCGCUCGCUAUUGACAAGUGACAAGUUAUAGUUGUGUCGUGCGUUAAGUUUUACUGUUGCUCAUGUACCUAUCGGUGCUGUUAAAUUAACAUACCUAUAGUGAACAGUGAAGGCCCCGAAAAUGGCAAGUCCCCCUAGAAAAGUAGCUAAAAAAUGGUACAAACAGUCUUUUAAAGAAGAGUGGUUACAUGAAAAAGACUUUAAGGAGUGGCUGCAAGAAGAUUCGAAAGAAAAAGGUGUUUCCUAUUGCGCAUGUUGUAAAACUCAAAUAAAAAAUGCUAAUAGAUCCAUGUUGAUGGCACAUUGUAAGACUGCGAAGCAUCUCAACAACAUGAAAGAAGCUAAAGCAGCUACUAAAAUUGAUUCAUUUAUUAAGAAACAGAUUCCCAGGGAGAGUGAUGAAGUUGCAAAGGCAGAAUUACUUAUAUCUGCUUAUAUUGCUGAACACAAUGUGCCAUUCGCGCAUGCAGAUCAUUUAGUGGAAGUGUGCAAGAGAGCAUUUCAUGAUAGCAGCAUUGCUAAAAAUGUAAAACUUCAUGCGACAAAAGCUUCAUAUCUUAUUCAGGAAGGAAUUGCUUAUCAUGAAAAAUGGGAAAUUGUUGAUCAGUGUAGAAAUGAAAAGUUCAGUCUGAUAAUCGAUGAGAGCACUGAUAUAUCCGUUUCACAGGUAUUAGCUGUUGUCGUUAGAUAUUUUGAUGUUGAAAAAAAUGAUGUAUGUGAUAGUUUGCUUGACUCGAUUGUUAUUGAAGAUGGAAGUGCCAGUGGUUUAUGCAAAGCUGUUAAAACGACUCUGAAUGAUAAAAAAAUUCCUAUUUCAAACAUCAUUGGAUUUGGAAGCGAUAAUUGUUCUACUAUGAUGGGCAACAAGAGCGGCUUUCAAACCCUAUUGAAGGAAGACAUUCCAUCAGUUUUUGUUAUGGGUUGCGUAUGCCAUUCUUUUGCUCUUUGCGCAAGUCACGCUGUGAAAAUGUUGCCAUCCUAUCUCGAAUCAUUUUUAAAGAAUAUCACCUUCUAUUUUUCCCGGAGUAGUAAGAGAAAUAGGGAUUUUACGCUUAUCCAAGAGGUAACCAAGACAGAGACUCACAAAAUACCAAAGCUAGCUCAAACUCGUUGGUUAUCUCGUGGAAAUGUCAUCAAAAUUAUUCUAGAGCAAUGGGAUGCACUAUUGUUGUAUUUCCAGUCUGAAUCAAAAGAAGAUAUACUUGAUGGUGCAAAUAAUAUCUACCAAACGUUCAAGAACAGAGGCACGAAACACAUGCUACUAUUUCUGAACUAUGUUUUCACGGUCCCUGCGCUUGCGUCUACCCGCAACAGCAACAGCAACAGGAGUGGCCUCAAUGAUGCUAUCUGGAUCAGAGUCCUCAAUAACAAAACCACCAUCAAUAGCACAAUCCUCCUCCAUCAUUGCAGCACACUCGGCUAA